AUGUAUGUGGACCCUGCCGAGGCCGAGCUGAGGCACCGGAAGGGGCUCGAAAAGGCUGCGGCGAAGGGCGCCGCGAAGGCCUCGGCCGCAGCUGCCACUCUAUCGGCCGGGGCGUGGGCAGAGCGGGACCUCCUGGAGCAGGACGCGCUGCUGCGUGAAUGCUCCAGUGGCGGACACCUGCUCGUGCUGCGGUCGGCGCUGCGCAACUCGGCACUCUUCUCUGAGGAGCUCCGCGCCGCUGCCCGCCUGGUGGCACUGCCCGAGCGUUUGCUCGCGCCGCUCGGAGGAGGGCUAUGGGUCCUCCGCGGAGCCGGCGACGAGCCGAGCGCCGGCGCGCUGCUCGCGCACCACAUCCCGCGCCUCGGCGGCGUGAGGCUGCGCCUCUCAAUGGCGCACCAUCCGGGCGGGGAUCUCAACCUUGCUCCUUGGACAGAGCUGACCAACGCGCCCUCCCUUGCCAUCGGCCUCUCCUCCAUUCUCGGCGCGGGCUUCACCGCUCCGCGCGCGGAAGACGAUGCCGACGUCGCAGCGUUGGCGGCCGAGUGCGACAAGUUUGUGCUGCUCGAGACCAAACGUGCGCUCUUCCUCUGCCGCGAGAUGCCGCUCGAGCGUGCCUGCGCCGUCGGCGUGGCGCGGCGCCCAUCGCCCCCUCCCCUCUCCCUCCCCCCCUGGGUUGGCUGCUGGGAGCACCGGCCGUUCGCCUUCUCUGCGAGCCUGGAGCCGCUCAUCGCCUCAGCCGCAGUGAGCAUCGCUGCGAACGUCCACCGCGCAGCCGGCGGGGAGGUGGUGGCUCGCCGGCCGCUGCGGCUGCUCGACCCCUGCUGCGGGUCCGGGACGGUGCUCGCGGCUGGGGCCGCGCUUGGCUUGGCAUGCCGCGGCUCGGACUUGCGCGACGAUUUCGUAUGCCGCGCGCGCGAAAACCUCGACUUCCUGGGCGUGGCGGCGGAGGUCGCGCAACACGACGCUCUGGCGCCGUUUCCGCACCGAGAGGACCCGCCCGACGUAAUCGUCUCCAACCCUCCUUGGGGCAAGCAUAUUGGCGGCGAUGAGGACGGCGCCCGGAUUCUGGAGUGUGUCGCCGCGACGAUGUGUUGGAUUGGGAAUGCGUUUGCCUUCGCGGCGGCGGCGGGCUUGCCCGGAGUCCAACUCGUGUAUCAUUGCCGCGUCGGCAGCGCUGAGGCGUUUGUGCUUCGCGUGCGACGCGCCGACGCCGACGAGCGGAAGUGUCCAAGUGACCACUGACCAGGGUCGCACCAGAUCCCGGCGCCGCGCGGAUGGGCUCUCGUUUACCGCGACGCCGACCGCCGCGUCGGACACGCCCCGCGCGCGUCUACGGCUCAUCACAGGGUACGGACAUUGCUCAUUGGAACAACACAUGAGACAUGUCUUUGUCACGAUACUCGUGGAUACAACGCAGACGCGUCCGCAUCUCGCAUGUGCCGAUGCACAUGAACAAGAUGCAACAUCCGAACAUGUGCAUGUGCAUUGCCAUUGGAAGAAUGGAAGUGCAUGUGUGUGGUUACUCUUACGUCUUUUGAUAGGGUCGGUUGAUCCGCAA